AUGGCCGGCGAAUAUUCUCGACGAGUAUACACUUCUGACGAAGUAGCGACCCAUGUUUCGGAGAAUGACUUGUGGAUGACGAUCAACGACAAGGUUUACGAUGUAACAAGUUUGAUCGAUCGCCAUCCAGGAGGCUCUGAAGUUCUAUUCCACUGUGCUGGAGUGGACGCCACAGCGGCGUUCUACGAUGUUUCGCACUCUGAUAAUGCAUUCGCCAUGUUGAUACCCUGUUUCAAGGGAUACAUCAAACAAACGGGAUCGGACGAGAACCGAUUGGAUAAGAAGAAAGCAUCUGUGAAGAAGAAAAAAUACAGGACAUACGAAGAGAUCAAAGUCACUCAGAGUCAGCGGCUGAAGGAAUCUCAACAACUAGCAUUUUCUCCAAGAAUCUACCUGCUAUCGCUAUUAGCAUUUCUUGGAUUAGGGACGUUUAUAUAUUUACAGCGCAAAAAGUGGUCGGAAUGGAUAUAA